AGUAUCGAGAAUCUUUAGUGUCGGGUGGGCAUCUCUCUGUGGCACAGCUGGCUGCGGCAGGCAGUUUGAACGCGAUGACGGCCGCUAUGCGCACCGAUUUGACAGGUCGCUGUCAAUAAUGAAAAAAAGGAUCAUUGCUCGACGUCCGCACGCGCUCGCGCCCGCCCGCUCACGCCUACCGAAUGCUGAUAACAGGCCGCAGUAGAUCCGAAUAGAUCCGAAUAGAUCCCCGUGCUGGAUCGCCGCUCCGUGUCACAUGUUCCACGCGCGAGUAAAAUGAGCAUUCUGCGAAAGAGAUUGAACGAGUUCGACGAUGUUCUCAAUACGGACGAGAUAGACGUGGUCAGCCUCAGUAAAAUAUGUUUUCAUGGUAUACCAGAUGAGGGUGGUCUGAGGCCUUUAUGUUGGAAGCUGUUGCUCAACUAUCUACCACCAACCAGAUCCAGUUGGUCGGAGACUCUGAACCGCAAAAGGGAAUUGUAUAAUACAUUUAUUGAAGAUCUCAUUGUUAUGCCUGGAGAAUCAAAUACAGAUGACAAAGAAAGAGUCGAUGUGACAUUGCACGACCAUCCUCUCAACUUAAACCCAGAUAGUAAGUGGCAAACGUACUUUAAGGAUAACGAGGUUUUGCUUCAAAUUGACAAAGAUGUUAGGCGACUGUGUCCAGACAUAUCAUUCUUUCAACAAGGCACUGACUAUCCUUGUCAGAAAAUAGUGAGCGCUAAUGGCCAGCAACGUUUACACCAUCGAGUUCAACAUACAGUACUGAAAAGCGCGAAUGUUGAGAGGAAGGGAUUGGGAGUGACCAAGAUAGCGGUCUCUGUCAGAAAGGCCACCGAAGAUUACGCGCCAUUGGCCGAGGGUGGUGAGGCGCAUUGGGAAGUCUUGGAGAGAAUACUCUUCUUAUACGCCAAGUUAAAUCCUGGCCAAGGCUACGUGCAGGGUAUGAACGAGAUAGUCGGACCUAUAUAUCACGCGUUCGCUUGCGAUCCGGACCAGGCGUGGAGAGAACACGCCGAGGCUGAUACCUUCUUCUGUUUUACUAAUCUAAUGGCCGAGAUACGCGAUUUCUUCAUAAAGACACUGGAUGAAGCUGAAUUUGGUAUCAACUCGAUGAUGACCAAAUUGACCAAUCAAGUCAAGACCAACGAUCCCGAGAUUUGGAUGCGUUUGCAUCAGCAGGAACUGUGCCCGCAAUAUUAUAGCUUCAGAUGGCUGACGCUCCUUCUCUCGCAAGAGUUUCCAUUGCCAGAUGUUAUGAGAAUAUGGGACUCUUUGUUCGCUGACGAGGACAGAUUCAGCUUCCUCAUACAUAUCUGCUGUGCCAUGAUCUUACUACUGAGGGACCAGUUGCUGGCUGGCGAUUUUGCCACAAAUGUUAAACUUUUGCAGAAUUUCCCGUCGAUGGAUAUCCAAAUCGUGCUCUCUAAGGCCGCUGCCCUGGCGGGCAAGAUCUUAUAGUUUUCCUAAUGGCAGCAAAGUGAUUUCCCUGAAGUGUUGAGAUCAUGAUUUUCUUCCUACGCUGGCAGGCGGUAUAUCACGAAUCGCAUCGUUCGCGCAAGAAGAGACUCGAUAUAUGUAACAUAAUGUCAAUCGCGCAUUACCGGCGACUCGAUAGAAGAUAAGAAAUUUGCAUUUGUGUUAUAUCAAA